AAACCAGGGCUAUGUGCGAGGAGAAAGUGCACCAGUACGGGCAGAGCCAGGCUAGGGGGCACUUCCGAGCAAGAGACCGAGCGGCGAGAGACAAAGAGAAGGGAGGACAUGAGCGGUGGCAAAGGGAGGAGAGCAGGGGAUCAGCUGAGGUGAACCACGCAAGGAAAGCUCUUCCCCUCCGUCACAGCCCUAGGAAAGGCAAAGACAGGUUGCUCCCCCCAAUCCCCUCCUCCUCCUCCCUGCUUUGGGCAAGAAGACAAAGAAGCAAGUGGCCCCAUGGGGAAAGGGGGUGAGAAAGGAGGGGAGUCGGGGGAGCCGGAGGGUCAGCUCCGCUUCUACACCUGGGAGGAGAUCCAGAAGCACAACCUGAGGACGGACAAGUGGCUGGUGAUAGAACGAAAGGUUUAUAAUGUCACCAAGUGGGCAAACAGACACCCGGGGGGUCAACGAGUGAUCAGCCACUGCGCCGGCGAAGAUGCCACGGAUGCAUUCCAGGCCUUCCAUAUCAAUCCCACCUUGGUGAGAAAGUUUCUCAAGCCAUUACUUAUUGGAGAGCUUGCUCCAGGAGAGCCUAGCCAGGACCGAGACAAAAAUUCCCAGCUGGUGGAGGAUUUCCGGACCCUGAGGAAGACAGCAGAGGACAUGAACUUGUUCAGAGCAAGUCCUUUGUUCUUCUCUCUUUACUUGGGCCAUAUCAUUGCAAUGGAAGUUUUGGCCUGGCUAAUGGUUUUGUACUUUGGCACUGGUUGGAUCACAACUCUCAUCCUUGCCUGCAUCCUUACAACUGCCCAGGCCCAAGCAGGGUGGCUGCAACAUGAUUUUGGACACCUGUCUGUCUUUAAGAAGUCUUCCUGGAACCACAUCAUCCACAAGUUUGUCAUUGGACAUUUGAAGGGUGCCUCUGCAAACUGGUGGAACCAUCGUCACUUCCAACACCACGUCAAGCCCAACGUGUUCAUGAAGGACCCAGAUGUGAACAUGCUGCAUAUUUUUGUCCUGGGAGAUACACAGCCUGUUGAGUAUGGCAAGAAGAAACUGAAGUAUCUGCCUUACAACCACCAGCAUGAGUACUUCUUCCUCAUCUUCCCACCUCUGCUCAUCCCUGUGUAUUUCCAAAUCCAAAUCAUCUCGACCAUGAUCAAGCGCAGGUUCUGGGCGGACCUAGCCUGGGCCAUCAGCUACUACAUGCGCUACUUCAUCACAUACAUCCCAUUCUAUGGCGUUCUGGGAUCCCUGUUUCUCCUCACUUUUGUCAGGUUUCUGGAGAGUCACUGGUUUGUGUGGGUCACCCAGAUGAAUCACAUCCCGAUGGAAAUCGACAGUGAGAAGCACAGAGACUGGCUUAGCUCACAGAUGGCAGCCACCUGCAACGUGGAGCAGUCCUUUUUCAACGACUGGUUCACCGGCCACCUGAAUUUUCAAAUUGAGCACCACCUGUUUCCAACAAUGCCACGGCACAACUUCUGGAAGGUGAAACCUUUGGUGAAGUCUUUAUGUGCCAAGUAUGGAGUCCAAUACGAAGAGAAGCCUCUUGGAAAAGCGUUCGUAGACAUUGUUGGGUCCCUAAAGAAAUCUGGAUAUCUAUGGCUGGAUGCUUACCUCCACAAGUGAACAUGAAUCUUAAUGGGGAGGUCUCUUCAGCACUGACCAGGCUGCUGCAAGGAAGUGGUUUUCUACUGCAAACCCAAAGUACUGCCAACACAGCAGCCUGGCCUCAGAGACAGAAGCUACUCCUGAUGAUGCCUGAAAGAACCUGAAACAUUCAAGGAGAGCAACCAAACUGCAACCAUCUACAAAGGAAAGACUUAGGCAAAUGGGUGAUCUCUUUUUUUUUCCUCAAGAGCUUAGCACAAGAUACCAAAGGGAGGAAAGGAGGGACAGGAGAGAUCUUGGCAUUAAAUCUUCCACAACUACUUGCUUCCUUCAAACCC